AUGCUAGAUGAAUGCCCCGUAUGUUUAGGCACAUGCGACCAUGUAAUGUGGAUUCAGUGUACCCAUUGCAAGCAAUGGUUUCAUUCUAGAUGCUUGGAAAUUGCUGACUACAGCUUGGGUGACUUUGUCUCCUACCAUUGCAAUAAAUGCACCGACAAACAUGGUCCAUCUGAACACAAGAGAAGGUCAAAGAGAGCAAGAACUGCAAUCGACUACGUGGCAUUGAAUGAAGGAGACCAGUUUGCUCUAGAUAAAGCAUCCCACUUUCAGCUUCCCAAGUUUCUUCAAUUCACGGGUGAGAAAGAUAUAGCUGUGCGGAAUGACUUGAUUAUUCUGAACAAACCAAUUCUUGUUCCCAAUGCUGACUGUGGAAUGAAACUACCACGGCCGAGAAAAGAGAUUACCAUUGACUACAUUACUGAUUGUUGUGGACCUGAUAGACCAGUUGAGGUUAUGGAUGUCAUUUCGCAGCAAGGUGUAUCACCAGGGUGGAAACUACAGCAAUGGCGUGAUUACUUUGAAACCGAGGAGCACCAUCGUGAUAGACUUCGCAAUGUCAUCUCGUUAGAGAUAUCUGAUGCUCCUGGUUUAGGAACCAAGUUCCAACGACCAAAGUUGGUUCGCGAGUUAGAUCUUGUGGACAAGGUGUGGGAUGAUGAACAAGACCGAAGUAAAGUGACAAAAUAUUGUCUCAUGUCAGUGAAAAACUCAUUUACCGACUUCCAUAUUGAUUUUGGUGGCACAUCAGUUUACUAUACUAUAAUCCAAGGAUGCAAGUCCUUUCUCAUGUUUCCACCAACUGAGAACAAUCUUGACAUAUACACGUCGUGGUGCUUGAAGCCAAAUCAGAAUUUCAUUUGGUACCCUGAACAUUUUGUUUACCGCAACAAGGAGAAAGUUUAUCCAACAGGUGGUUUUAAGGUUACCCUACAACCAGGUGAUUUGUUCAUAAUCCCCAGUGGAUGGAUUCAUUGUGUGCACACGCCACAAGAUUCCAUUGUUAUCGGUGGCAACUAUCUAACUCUACGCGAUAUGCCCAUGCAGUUGAAAAUUUACGACAUAGAACGGGUUACCAAAGUCCCAACAAAAUUCAGAUUCCCAAUGUUCAACAAAGUCAUCUGGCUCAGUGCAAUUUACUACACAAAUCACAGAGACGAAUUUAAAGAGGUUGAAAAUGGAUCAGAGAUUAUAAAUGCCUGGGUGCAUCACCUUGAGCGUCAUCUCGAAUUGAGCAAAACAAACCAAACAGCAAAGAAAAGUAUUCCAAAGCUGAUCAACCCGAAACAGUUUCUAGAAACAUUGAAAUCGUUGAAAGGAACCACAGCUGAAGACACCAUGUAA